AUGUGCAUAGAUUCUCGCAACGGGGCAAGAUUCAGCGAUUCAAGAGGUGGAGUAGACUUUGGCUUCGUGGACAUCGAAGCACAUGAUCAGAUGUCAAAUGGUUCUACUACAUCACAAGAACGUCCAUCUUCUUCUUCCAUGACAUCACAAGAACGUUCAAAUUCUCUACGUUCAAUCAUUAUUCGGUAGAAAUUGGUAAACAUUUCAUGAAAAUCUAUAUGAAAAGCCUAAUAAACGUUUAUUGCGUAACCAUAAACCUCUAUAUAUUUACAUGAAAAUAAAUGUGAAAAUAUUCCAAUAAACUUAGUUUGUUUCCUACAUCUAUUGAUUUGGCAUUAUAUUCCAAGAAAAUCGCUUCUUUACUUACCUUGUUGUCGUCAGAAGUAGAAAACAAAAGAAUAAGAAAUAGAGGUGAUUGAGAUAAUACUCAAAGAAAUCUCUAUUUAGAGUCCAACUUGUUAAUAUUUCUACUUCUAAAUACUAUUACAGAAGAAAGAGUAUAUCAACUCAUCUCUAUUUCUUCUUCUGAAAUAUAAAUCGCUAUUUUUUUCUUUAUAUAUAAAUUAGAAAAAAAACAUCACAUCUAUUGACCAUCUCCGACGGCCACUUAUCCCCUCAUUUUUUGAGUGGUUUUGCACUCCAAUAGUUUUUCAUCUACUCAAAUUUUAAGGGUGGGAGGGGGGACGGGUGGUGAAUAGAGUACAUCCCCGAAUUUGAGAAUGCACUAUUCACCUCCUUAAAAACUUUAAUCCCUACAAAAAUAUAUUUUUGACAAUCACAUGGAUAACUUUUUCUAAUAUCAUAUUUUAGUUCUUAUCGUUAUAUUUUCUUAAAAAUAGUUCGAUUACAAAUUAUUUUAUUAACACUUUUUGUACUAUUUAUAGUUAUAUAUGAUUAUAUAUUAGUAUAUUUCUCAAAAAUGUUUUUAUUUAAUAUGUUACAAAUAGUACAUUUUAUUAGUUUUUGAAAAUUUAGUGAUUAUAGUUAAUUAUUAAUAAUAUUAAGGACUAAAGAGUAAAUUACUAAUUCUUCUUAAAAAAAUUGACAGUGACUUGUUGAAAAUGCCUUUAUAGAAUCAUGUUUUUUUAUUUAUAAUGUAGUCUUUUAACUUUAAAACUUUUAUAAUUAUAACCAAAACAAAUAUCUUACAGUAUUAUAAAACAUAUAAUUACACUUUUUAUUUAUAUAGUAGUCUUUUAAAGAAACUUUAGUUCAAACAAAGUCAUAAUUUUAUGAAAAUACAUUUAAAAAUAUAUAGAGUUAAUUAUCUAAUUUCAUAAAUAAAAGGUAUUUGUUGUAAAGUUCAAAUAGAAUCUUUUGAGAAUAUUUACUUUUUAGAGGUAAAAAUAGAACUAUACAAGAAGUUUCUAAUCACCGGAGAGGAAAUGAGUAAGUCAAAACUUUCACUGAUAAAAAUCCUUAAGACUCUUAAAUCCCAAAUACCUGUUGCAUCAGAAAACAAAGAACCCAAAUUACUCUGUCUCUAUGAUGAUGCUGAUGAAAGCAAGAACCUUGCUCUUAAGGCAGUGAGUUUUGAUUGUUCCUCCACUUGUCUAGCUAAUCGAAUAAAGCCCCCAAUUGAACAACGAAGCAAGGAAGAUGUCAGAGUUUAAAAAAAAAAGCAUGUUAGAGUUUCCGACAGUUGCGACGGACUUGUCUACAUCUUCGACAAGACCAAGUUAUCCAGCCAUGGGAAGACCUCAAAGUCUCCCUUUUUCCAAGUUUCAGCAACAUGUUUAGGCAACAUGACUCCAAAAUCCAAAUAUGUUUUCUUUCCCAGUAUUUUGGAAAGAUCAUGUUACAGGAACAUACAAACUAGUCUGAUAACAUAACUACAAAAGUUUUACCAAAAAAAAACAUAACUACAAAAGGAACAACUGAUGGGUUCAUUGGUUUGCGGAACAAACGAAGAUUUAUUUGUCAUUUUGAAGGAUAUAAGAAGAAGGUGAUUAUCUCAAAGCUCUGACUCAUUUGCUUCUUCGUCACUCAAUUCUUUAUUCUUCACACUUUCUUUUGGUCCUUGUGGCAUUGACUUCAUUCCUUUUUUCCAAAGUUUAGACUUUCCAUUGUGAGCUAGAAUUUAUCUCUCUUAUAGUCUAUAGUUUUUCAUAUACUUGCUGAUUCUAGGGGUUUGCAGCCUUCUCGUUGACUCGCUUGAUCGGUUACGCUUCACCUUACGUCCAAGCUCUCUCCGCCACUUUAACACUCGUCUUCGUUGCGAUCCUGAUGAAGCUCUAUGUCAACUGGUUUCUCGCUAGGGUCGUCGUCGUUGUUGAAUCAGCUUCGGGGUUAACGCCCUGAAGAGAAGCAGAAGCCUUAGUCAAAG